UUCAAACUGGAUAAUAAUUUUGGGAUAGAGGGAAUAAUAUUUUAUCAGUCCCAAAAUUAUUAUCUAGUCUAGAUUUUUAUGAUUAUACAAAACUACAAAUUGCCAGUUCUUCUCAAUUCUUAUUUUGUCCUAAUCCCACACGAGAACCCCAGACCCUUCCCAAACGGCCAAACCUCCGUUGUCCACCGGUUCCCUCUCGUCGCCGGUUCUCCCACCCGGCCCCCGGUCAGAUUUGCAGCCCACCGGAUUCCUCCCUGCCCGACCGAUCUUUUUCAGCACACCACCAUCCUGAUGGACGAUAUCUCAAGCGAAGAAGAUGACACCACCUCCACCGAAGAAGAAGAGGAAGAUGUCGACGAAGAAGCAUCUCGGAGGGAUACAAUGAAAUGCGUUUCCUGUAAGGAAGAUUAUGGAUCGUGUGACGCCGGCACUUGCAGAGAGUGUUAUGAAGAGGCUAGCGAGACUGAGGAGGAGCUCAAGCGAGAGAUUGAAGAGUUGAAGUCUAAAAUAAACUUCCUCCGCUUCUCUUUGGGUUCCCCUCCCCGUUCUCACUCAUCUCCUCCUUUCUCCGACGUCGUAUUAGUGGCCUCCGAUGAUAGUUUUACUUCGAGUCAGCCUGUGUUGGUACCCGCCCACCGUGCUGUUCUGGCAUGUCGUUCCCCAGUAUUCAGAGCUAUGCUGGAAAAUAAAAUGGAGGAAAGCAUCAGUGGAACUAUUAAAAUUGGUGAUGUGUCUUAUGAUGUCCUUCGAAUUUUUGUCAACUAUUUAUACACGGCAGAGGCUUGUCUGGACGAGAAUGUGGCUUACGAUCUCCUGGUAUUGGCUGACAAAUACCAAGUCAAGCAUUUGAAGACUUAUUGUGAGAAGUAUUUGAUGUCCAACUUGACUUGGGAAAACUCAAUCCCAACCUACGCAUUUGCUCAUCAACACAAUGCCAAGACCUUGCUUGACGCCGCCUUGUCGUUGAUCAUGGAUAACAUGGACCAACUAUCGAGGAGGGCAGAGUAUGCUGAACUUGUUGAAAAGGAUCCCCGAAUGAUUGUUGAGAUAUAUGAAACUUAUCUAUCGAGACAAGUCAAUACUGCAGCAAUUUCAGAUCCCAUUAAAAAGCCAUAGGUGUUUUCUUGACUUGUGGCUGAACCAAUAACAGAAUUAACGUAGGAAACUAGAUUAGUCAUUACAGUAAAUCAGCUUCAGUUGUAAAUUGCUAAUGAGAUGGUUACUUUCGCUUCAUUUGGUCAUUCUUCUCUCUGGUUUUUUGUUGGUCAUUCAAGCAUGACUGUUUCAUAAACAGAGCACUUUUACUUUCUUAAUCAUAGGCAUAUCUGUGCCAGAGAAUGAAGAUUAUGAAAAGCAAUUUCAUC